GUAAAACAGAAAAAUAGUAAGGGGUAUUGCACAUCAGGGGUUACGCUUAAUAAAUAGUAGUGGUAUUUAACAGGGUCAAUGUCAACGACGUGGCAUCGAUUAAGUGGAGAAGUCACGGGAGUCAAAGUGUGUGUCUCUGUCAUCAUCAUGAGAAUUGAGAGCAUUAUGGGCUUAUGGCCCGAACAAAUACAUCUCAACAUAAAAAAGACAGGUGCAUAUCCACCAAAGGUGCAUAUCUUACCCUUUCAAGGACGUACGUAGUGCAGUUGUUUGGCAGAGAUUGGGACUCUGAGAGUAUGCACGCAUACACAAAUAUGUUCUAUUAGAUGACUGAAAGCAUAAAACAUAAAAAAGACAGCACAGCUCUGCCGGUCAACUUAAGAAGAGUACAAGAAGAGCAGUUGAGAGUUGUCUCUUGGCCAUACCCAAAGCCCUCCUCCUUGCCUCGCUGAUCAGCAGCUGCUGCUACUCAGACCAGCUCCCUGCUUUGUUUGUUAUCACUUGCUUGCCCUUUGUCGCUGCACGAAUAUGGGCUCCUUCCUUCCAUGCUCCAGGAGCUAUUUCGCACCGCUGCUCUUGCUCCUAAUCCUCGCUGCAUGUUCAUCAUCUCAAGCCUCCAACACGACCGCCAAAUUGUCCACUGUCUGGAGCACAGAUUCGUAUGUGCUCUUCCGUUCCGUCCCAGGAGGUUAUAACCUAUCCUUUGCUGCAACGAUCUACUCCCACUACCACAAGUACUUCUUUGCAAUAUGUGUCUUUGCACCUGGCUCCUGGAACCGCGAUAAUGUUGUGGUUGUUUGGUCCGCCAACCGUGACCGCCCAGUCCAGCGCGGAUCCACCCUCAACUUCACCGCCGACGGGGAUUUGGUUCUUCGGGAUUCUGAUGGCAGUCUCGUCUGGUCAACCAACACCUCCGGCCAAUCCAUCAUCGGAAUGAAAAUCACAGAGUCCGGCAAUCUGGUUCUCUUCAACCACAAGAACUUGCCAGUCUGGCAGUCCUUCGAUCACCCAACUGACACUAUGCUUCCCCGGCAGCCAUUAAUGGAAGGGAUGAAGCUGACGCCCAGCAUCGACAACGUCAGCUUUGCUGCCAGCAAUCAGUUCUAUCUAGCCGUCCAUCAAUAUGGUCUGCACGCGUCUGUAGGGUCAAUACAGCACCAGAUCUACUACGAAUACAACCAAGCAGGACAUUUCACCUACGAUGAACACACAUACAUCGCGCUCGUCAAUGGGAGCAUGUCCGUCUUUGCCACCUCCUCCCUGCCUACAGACUCAAUCAAUAACGCUGGGAUCGACCUGCCUCAUGCGCGCUCACUCCAGUACAUGAGGUUCGAGUCUGACGGACAUCUCAGGCUGUAUGAGUGGAAUCAAAGGUACUCGCAGUGGUCAUUCGUGCAGGACAUCUUCGAACUAGAUUACUGCAUGUACCCAACUGUCUGUGGAGAGUAUGGGAUCUGCAGGAAUGGGCAGUGCAUCUGCCCGAUUGGGGCCGGUGAUACCUUAUACUUCAAGCAGGCUGACAUCUGGAAUCCUGGCCUUGGCUGCAUUCCAGUGCGCCCAAUUUCUUCUUGUCACUCUGUUCCAGCUGAGCAAGAUCACCAGCUCGUAGCUCUCUCUGAUGUUUCCUACUUCAGCUUCAGUGACCCCGAUGCUGUGAUAAUAAGUGAUGAAGAGAGCUGCAAGCAAGCCUGCUCGAGAAAUUGCUCUUGCAAGGCUGCAUUUCACAGUUCCCUAAAUGGUCCCAGCGAAUCUUGUUUAUUGGUCUCUGAGGUCCUCUCAAUGCAGGGAUACGAGACAGACUCAACAGCGUACCUGAAAGUGUACACCAACCAUUCAUUGCCUCCUCAAAAUUCAUCUGCUUCUGCGAAGAAAAGAAAAGGGGCUGUAACUUACAAAAUAGCUGGUGCUAGUGCUGCCGCAGUCGUAUUUUCUAGUAUUGUCAUUGUUGUCGUUAGAUGGAUACGUAAUCAAAGGAAAGAUGAUGAUGAAGAAGAGUUUUGUGAAGUGCCAGGAAUGCCAACAAGGUUCACUUUUGACUUGCUGAGAGGAGCAACAGAUGACUUCAGCAGAAAGCUAGGGGAAGGGGGAUCUGGGUCAGUUUAUGAUGGACAGCUUGGCGAUGAGAGGGUUGCAGUAAAGCUUUUGGACAGACAUGCUCACAGACAGAAAGAAUUCUCUGCAGAAGUUCAGACAAUUGGCAGCAUCCAUCACAUCAAUCUGGUUAAAAUGAUUGGGUUCUGUGCGGAUAAAAGAAACAGGCUCUUGGUUUUUGAGUACAUGUCUGGAGGAUCACUGGACAAGUGGAUCUAUUCCAAUAAAUCGGGUAACAAUGCCCCUCUUGGUUGGUGCAUAAGGCGUAGGAUCAUCACUGAUAUUGCCAGGGGCUUACACUACCUUCACGAAGGGUGCAGGCAGCGAAUUGCUCAUCUAGAUAUUAAACCACAGAAUAUCCUCUUAGAUGAUAAGUUCAAUGCCAAAGUUGCAGACUUUGGGUUAUCCAAACUGAUAGAUAGGGAUGAGAGUCGUGUGGUGACACGAAUGAGAGGAACACCUGGAUACAUGGCACCAGAAUGGCUGACAUCAAAAAUCACUGAGAAGGUGGAUGUCUACAGUUUUGGUAUUGUGGUCAUUGAAAUCUUAAGUGGAAGAAAGAACAUCGACUACUCUCAGCCCGAUGAGGGUGCUCAGCUCAUUAUGGUACUACGAGAGAAGGCAAUGAAUUCUCAACUGGAAGAUAUGAUCGACCAGAACAGCCAAGAUAUGCGCUCAUGCAACAAGGAGGAAGUGAUUGAGAUCAUGAGGCUUGCAAUGUGGUGCUUGCAGAGUGACAGCAACAGAAGGCCUUCCAUGUCAGUGGUGGUGAAGGUGUGAAGGUCAUGGAAGGAGAAAGAAAUGUGGAAUCAGACUUGAACUACAAUUUCUUCGAUCUAAGCCCUGCGAUCGUUGUGCCAGUUUGUCAACCCAAUCUCUCCACCCUGCCAAAUGCAUCAUUGCUCUCUGCCCCCAGGUGAAAUUAG